AUUCGUUGGCUGAACGUGCAGCAGCGCGCGCGAUCUAUUAUAUCCAAUCCCGAAAACCACCUCCGAAACGGAGCUUUAGCUCCUGGCGAAAUACAAAAUAAUAAUAAAAUACAAAAUCAGGAAAGCAGACGACGUUUGUUGCAGCCGGCAAUGCUCGAUGCAGAUGCAGCAGAUGCGGCCAUCGUAAUCCCAACCGCCUGACAAGGAAAACGAAAACUGGGAACUGGGAAAAUAUAAUCCAAGUGACUGUGAAAGUAGCGAACGGCCAGACACAGAUUCAGAUAUUCAAUUACUAGUCUGCUGGUGCAGUGACGCCACACAAUGAGAAUCCAAAUCUUGAUCCUGACACUCUUGCUGGGCGUCUUCUGCGCCCAGGCCGUGGAUGCGGAGGCCAAGAGCAGCCAAGACAGCAGCAGCAGUCGGGCGGCGGAAGACAGCAAGAGCUCCGCCUCCACGCCGCUGGAAUCGGAGGCGACCAAAGACAAGCGACAGGUGAGCUCCAAGGAGACGUCUCUGUACCCCAACCACCGCAGUUCGGAGGCCUCCCCAUCCGGCGGCGAUGAUCCCGAGGACGGUCAGGAGACGAUCUACGGCUCCAAGCCCAAUCAGUUCAUCAUCCGCCCCAUUGCCCCGCAUCAGCACCAGCAGCACGAAUCGCACCAGGAGCCCCAGCUGAGGAACUUUGCGGCGGCCAAUUCCCGACCCCAUGCCGCCCAAUUGCUCGAGCAGAGCCAGGAGGUGCAGCACUACGUGUAUCUGCAAGAUAUAAUGCGCCACCAUCAGCCGAAGGCCCUGGUGGCCUCAGGUCAAGGCAAGGGUGCGGCCAGUGCGCCCAAGAAGUCAUCCACUCCGGUGGCCGAGGAGGAGCAGGAACAGGAGCAGGAGGCGGAGCAGCGCUAUGCGGUGUCCAUUCAGCCUCAGCCUCAGCAGCUGCAACAGCACCAGCAACCACGUCCUCGUCAGUAUCAGGGAGUGGGUCCCUAUCAACUGCCCUUGCCUCUGCCUGCUCCACAGCAUCAUUCGGUGAAUCCCCAGCAGCAGCAGCAGCAGCAACAUCAGCAGCCUUACCAAGUUAUCCCCGAAGAGCAGUUCCUCAAACUCCUGGAGGAAGAGCUGCAUGCGAGGGCCUACCACGAGCAACUUCGCCAGCAGCAACAGCAACAGCAACAUCAACAGCAUCAUCAACAGCAGCAGCAGCAGCAACAUCAUCAACAGCAGCAACAACAGCAACCCAAACCACUGUCCAUCCACAGUACAGCUGCCACCCACAAGGUGCUACAACAGGCGGAUCCCUCACUGGGAUUGGGUGGCUAUCGCGAGCGCUAUGUGGCCGAGCAGGAGCUGGUGACUCCCACCUACUCACAUCCUCGCGGUGGACCCAAGUAUCUGCCCCUGCCCCAGGCACAAGCACAGGCCCAGCAGAUCCAAGAGGAUGAGGAGCCCCAUCAGCAGCAGCAACCUCAACGACUGCAACUCCAUAAGCCAAUUCCCCAUCCUGGUCAGCAACUCAUCCAUGGAUUGCCACCACAGAUUGCCUACUACCAGCCACAGAUUAGCUACAAAACCCUGCCCAAUCAUCCCCUGGCCAAGUCCUCUCUGGAAAGUGAGAUCGAGAAACUGCUGGCUGCCAAUAAGCCAGGACAAUCGUUGGGCUACUUAGACAGCAGCAAUGAGCAGGUGGCGGUGCGACAGCCACCUCCUCAGCACCCACCACCACCCACCUCGCAUCCUGCCCUGAGACAACCCAAGGCAUACCUGGCCAGCACACCCAACUCCCUGCUGGAUGCGAAUAACCAGCCGUUCGUUCCAUCGCUCUUCAAGUUCAGCAACUUCCAGCAACCGACGCCCAUCUAUCCCUCGCCGGAACCCAAGCGACUGGGACCCGUGGUCUACCCCACACAGCAGACCAAUCAGCCGCAGCCCUCGCAGUAUUACUACCAGGAGGCUUCGCCCACUGGGGCACCCAAGCCGAGUCCCAUCCCCAAGCAGUAUCAUCGAUCCAAGCACUACAAGUUGGCCUCUCCCACGAAAUCUCUGCUCUAUGCUGAUUAUGAUCGCCAGGGAUCGCCUUCUCCGCCGCCGCCAUCGAAUUUCUAUCCCAGUCCGCCGGAUCCGAUUAAGCAUGCCCAGAGAAAUCUGGGUGUAACACCCACAGCUCUGCCGCUCCACGCCGAAUAUCCAUCACCAGCUCCUUCGCAAUCGAGUAUCUAUGUCUCCCAGGGAACUGGGAUAGCCACUCCAUCCCGCCCGACGCCCACUACAGCUCCGAUUCAGAAGCUCCGGACUCUGGAUGAAGUGAAGCAACUCAACCUGCCACCUCCCAAUGGCACACCCCUGACCCAGGCCGAGUUCCAAGCUCUGGUAGAUGCCGGAUACCCCGUGAAGGCAGUGCCCGUGCCAGUUCCCGUCCCAUAUGAGCAGUACGUCAAGGAUCAUCCCGAGUACCGCAAUCAUCCGCCCGUAGACUACGCCCACAUCAUGCGUCUAGCUACACGGCAAUUGUCGGCCCAUCAGCAGCACAGAUCGCUGGCCGCUCCCUCGGAGCCGUCGGUCAAGAUCCUGUCCACUCCGUCCGCCGGAGAGCUGCAUCAGCAAACGGCCACGGGUAUUGGCGGCGGUAGCAUCACGUACUUGCAGCCCAUUGAGGGUCAGUCCCAUCCCCACACCCUGGCUCAUGUCCAUGCGUUGCAGAAGAGGAGGCCACGUGAUGAGCAGGACACCGCAGUGGCGGGCAGUGAGCCCAAGGCGGCGGCUCCGGAGGCGGAGACCGCGAAGGCGAAGGUGCAGUGAACCCACGUCCUGUUUUAGUUAAAAUGUCCUU